AUGGGUACUAACGUGUUCGCUAGAGAGCGCAUGCAGGAGGAUGUAUUGCCACCGAUAUCUGAGGCUGAGAGCUCUCCUACAUUAGCUAUUAGGGACAACCCCUCUGUACAAAAGAGAAAAAAAUCAACAAAGAAAACAAGAAACCUGCAGCGUGACCAAGCUGGACAAUGUAACCCAAGCCCCUUAGAAACCCAGGCUUCAGAAGAGGCACCGCAAAUCAGUGAUGACGAAACGGAACUCGCAGAUCGACGUGUUAAUGCAGAGGGAAAGUUGAUACAGGGACAUGCUGCCAUAGAGGUUGACGUGCAAAUAGAUAACAAAGAGAAAGAAAGCCACGCGGACAGUCCCUCAGCAUGCCCAGCUGGAGCUUCACCAGUUAGAGCGAAGCAGAAGGCAGACACACCCAAAGAGAAGAAGAGAAAGAACAGGCAGGACACCGCUCAAGCUCCUACAGGGGAACACAAGUGCCAACACAAAGCAAAUCUGGCGAGUGCUCCAUCUGAAAUGUCAAUUAUUUCUGCAGCUGCGGUUGAAGAACUGAGUCACCUGCGCAGCUAUUACUCCAAACAGCUGCAAAGGAUCAAUUGUAUUUCCAGGGAAAACCUGCGAGACUCUGAUUACGGGGAUAAAGGCCCCCUCAGAAAUGUGAGACUCAACUGUGGGCCUUCGUUAAUCAGGACUGUUAGGAGUCUGUGGAGACGGGUCAGUAUGCAGAGGAAGUGA